AUGGUGGACUGUGAUUGGUGGCGGAGGAACGUGCAGGGGGAGGAGAAUGGCAAGGAGCAGCAGCAGCAGCAGCAGCAGCAGCAGCAGCAGCAGGUGGAGAUCUGCCUGAUGAUUCUUCUCUGUGGUCAAAAGGUGUUCGUAGGUGAAGGAGCUGCUGCAGCAACUUCACGAGGCGUGGAGGUGUACGUGCAUGCCAGCACGGUCCGCCCCACGAGCCCUUGGCCAUCCAUCUCCCUGCCGCCACCCCUCUGUGCUGCUGUCAUGGGGCCUGGCCGAGACACUCCCCUUGCGAAAUUCUCCUCAUGGCCCCUCGUCCGCCGAGUCCUGGAGGCGGCUAGGCCAGCAGAGGCAAAGGACGUGAUUCUAUCGAAUGACGGUGACGCACUUCUCGAAGGCAUCACCUCAAACCUCUUUGUAGUGGCUCGAGCCGAGCCUGCCAGUGACAUCAACUCAAGCCACGGUUCGCCCUGGCAUGGACUCGAGCUGCAGACAGCAUCACUUGAGAGUGGGAUCCUUCCAGGAAGCAUCCGCCAAGCCAUCAUUGACACGUGCGUAGAGAGGGGCAUUCCGCUGCGCAUCAAGACCCCGCAGUGGAGCGAGCGUGCCUUGUGGGUGGAGGCUUUUCUUACAAACGCCUUGAGUAUCGUCCAGCCUGUCAGCAGCAUUGUCAUGCCUGCCACGUGGCCCUCUGAGAUCACUUAUAACAGCUGGCAGUCUGUGGACACAUGGCUCACAUGGCAGGCUCCUGCACUUGGAGAUGGUGUUAACUCCCAUUCAGCAAUCCUCUUGGGACAUGUUACCGAUCACAUGAUUUCUAGAAGUGCAAAACCCGUGGAUAACCGCGUGGGUGUCACAAUCCUGCAGCAUCCCAAGGAGAAGUACCACCCGCUGGGCUCGGCGCGCAUUGCGCUGCUGGGGCUGCAGCGCGUGCGCGUGGUGGUGGUUCCGCUGGGGCCCGGGCGGCCAGGCCUGCAGCCCAAGGACCCCUGCUCCCGCCGCUCGCUCUUGGGGCGCUCUGGGCGGGGGCGGUGGCGCAAGGGUGCGGGGAAAGCGCAGGGGCAAGGGGGGAAGCAAGGGGAGGGGGCGGGGGAGGAGCAAGGGCAGGGGCAAGGGAAUGGUCAAGGACAUGGGCAAGGGCCAGAGUUAGGGGCGGAUCAGGGGAAAGGGGAAGGGCAUGGGCAGGAACAAGGGCAGGGUCAAGGGAAAGGGCUAGGGGAAACGCAGGGGAAUGCGGAGGGGCGAAUGCUGCAGGAGGGGGAGGAAGCACCACAACAGCGGCUGUGGGGAGACCAGGCGCAGCGGACGGGGGAAUCGAGUGAGAGGGGCAAUGCAAGGGAUGGGGAAGCAAGCACGGGCAUAGAUGGAGGGCUUGUGGUUGUCACUGCGGUUGGUGAAAAGGUUGAGGUGAGAGGUGGGAAAUUGCACGAGGUUGAGGAGAGAGAGGGUGAGGUAAGAGAGGGCGAGGAAUGUGUGGAGAACGGAGUCGAACAAGAAGGAAGCAGGGGUGUAGGAGCGAAUGGGCCUGUAUUGGGUGAGCAACAGGGAGGAGAAACAGCAAAUGGGGCAUCAACAGGUGAUUCAAGCUUUGAUCUAAGCUUUGACCUCCUGCCGUUUGCUGCUGCUGAUGGGGCUGAGAGUGACGAUGGCAGGGGUGACCAUCAUGCUGACGGGAGCAGUGCAGUUGAUGGUGGUGGUAUGUGGUGUGAGGACAACAUUGAUCCUUGGCAGUUAGGUUGCCUGUCCACGAUCGAAGCUGUGGUGUAUGCCUUACAGAUUCUUGAGCCAGAUAAUCGGGUAAAGCUGGAUGAGCUGUUGGAAGUCUUUAACUCCAUGGUCAUAGAUCAGGUUGAGGGAAUGCGACGAAAUGGGAAGUCUUCACUUAUUCCAGAUGAUUGGAUCGCACCAGGAACAUUAGCAGCCAAGGUUUCUAUCAAGGUCGUCGCCAACAACGAUGCGCCGCAAGGAGCAGCGAACUUGCAAGUGAACUGCUUCUUGCAGGGCCUGAGCGCAUUUGACGUCAGAGCAUCAGGACGAGAUCGCCCACCCUUCAAAGCUCUCCUACCAAAAACCCCGAGAUUCCACCCUAACGUCCCUGACACGAGGCCUCUCGCAUCCGAGGUUCCCAUCUGUUCUCCACUUCUUGGUGCACAAACGACCUUGCCGUUGACACCAGGUUCAGGCAUUAACCAUUCAGACUUUCAUCAUCGUCAAGGAAGAGCCUACCUUCCACCUUUCAGCCCGGUCCCUUUUCCGACUGCAGCCAUUACAGGCACUCCGCAGCAACACAGGCCAGAGGCAGGUUUGGGGGAGGAUAGCUCAGCAACGGGUUCACGCAAUGAUGCAGCUCAUUCACACAUAUCUCCCCACCCUAUUAACGUGGAGAAACGCUGUGCUGAGUUCGACAACCAAGAAGAUGACAUCAGGAAGGAGCACUCGUUGGGUACAAUAACCCACGCAGUCGUUGGAGCCUGUCUGAUGAAAGAGGGAGGCAAGCUGAACCUCGAGGAAUUGGAGAACCUCCUAGAAUCAAGGGCAACGCCAUUGUUGGUGGAGAAGGAAGUGCGAGUGCGGGCGUGA